AUGAAUUACACUCGCCUAGCUUACUUGAAGGAACGAAAUCCUAGCUUAUCUAUUUCUGAGAGAAGAAGCACUUUCUCCUACGGGCAUCAAUGGCAACCCAUAGAGGGGAUCGACAUGUGGGAUGAUUUUUUAGCUCUCAAACGAAAGUUUCGGGGGGAAUUAGCAGAACCAAUUACGCCCGAUUCUCUCACUGAGCUGAUAGAAGAAACUCGGUUUAACAGCAUAUUCGAUGAACCCGGUCUAGCCCAACUCCACGGUACAGCAAUCGUCAUGCCAGUCUCCAAGGCUUUGCCGGAUGACACUUUCAUCGGGCCUGGGGGAGCGAUCAGCGCCAUAAACCCCGAUCUUCGGCCUGACUGGGGUGCAACUAUGAAACGCAAGUCCGGCAAUUUUCGGCCCAUUGUAUGCGGCGACACAAAGCUGGGAUGGGAUGUUAGGGCAGCUAUAGCUAUGAUUAGAAAUAAUCCUCAUGGAUACGAAAACACGGAAGGAAGAUCCCUAGCUCGGCCAUUCGAGCAACUCCAACAUUAUUGUUUGGGUUUCGAUUGUAUUGUCACUUCAUCUUGUCGCAAGAUCCGAAACAUUCUCCGCGACCAAAGAGGACAGAAAGGACAUCUCAGCAUACUCGAAUUCAAUCUACAUCGACGGUAUCUACUGGUUUAG